CCCAAAGGACAGCGUAUCUCAUAUCGCGCAACAUGGAGGACGACUCGGACAAACACAUUUUCAAAGGUACAAGCGUGAAUUCGAGUAAAUCCAUUAGCGACAGCGUAUCUUCACAUCUAUAUGAGAAGAACGAUCGUACACAUUGCGAGGAAGGCCAGAGAGCAGACCAGGUAAAUGAAGAUGAAAACAAACCAGCUGAGACAGAUGGACAAACUGGCGUCGUGGACCAAACCUGGGUUAAACAUGACUUGAUGCUGGAACCCGGCGGAAGAUUAUCAUCUUCACUUGUGCUACCUUCGCCGUCGCAAGAGAAGAGUCUUCGUCAUCCUGAGGAAGACAACAUGUCCAUGACAUUCACCAAUAUGGCAGCCCUAGAAUCCUCUGCGAAAAAAGAGCCUGAAGAAAAUCAAGGGAGGCCUGAUACAAGAAUUGGUGGGGUGAAGAUGACAGCUGUCCAACCAAAACCAAAGCCGAACCCACUCACGCCACCUUGAGGGUGAUGACUAUCACGUCCCCCAGUAGUAUAAUUGGAAUACCUCACGGGUAAAGAAUUUCGAUAGCAUGAAGCAACUAAGGGUUUCGGUCAUAUAUACUAUUGAUACCGUCGCAAGGCCGGGCGGAAACCAAAAGUGCAAGAG